AUGAGGCACAUACCUGGCCUCCUGGUGCCCCUGCUGGGCCUGGGCCUGGCCUUGACUCUGCCCAGGGCAGCAGCUGCAGACUGCGGGCUGGUCGGCCAGGCUAAGCACCUGGUGUUCUCCAAUGUGGCCAGAGCCCGGUGGCUGGCCCCUCGUGUCCGCACACCAGGGCCCCUGGACUCCCUGUAUGGCACCGUGCGCAGCUUCCUCUCUGUCGUGCAACCCAACCCCUUCCCUUCAGAGUUGGUGAAGGCCCUGCUGAAUGAGCCAGCCUCUGUGAAGGUGGAUGAGGUUGUGCGGUACGAGGCGGGCUAUGUGGUGUGUGCUGUGAUCGCGGGCUUUUACCUCCUGGCAGUGCCCAUCGCUGGGCUCUGUUUCUGUUGUUGUCGCUGCCACCGGCGCUGUGGGGGCCGCCUGAAGAUGGAGCACAAGGCGAUGGCCUGUGAGCGCAACACCCUCAUGGCCUUCCUGCUGCUGAUCACCCUCGUGCUGCUGAUUGGCGUUGUCUGUGCCUUUGUCACCAACCAGCACGUGCACAAGCAGAUCGGCCCCAGUGUCGAGGCUAUGCCUGAGACCCUGCUCAGCCUCCGGGGCCUGGUCUCUGAUGUCCCCCAGGAGCUGCAGGCAGUGGCGCAGCAGUUCUCCCUACCUCAGAAGCAAGUCUUACAGGAUCUGGAUGACUUCGGCAUGUACACUGGCAGCAUGAUCCACACUGAGCUUGGGAGCACUGUGUACCCAUUGCUGGCCUCAGUGCACAGCCUGGGCCAGGCCCUGCAGGCCUCUGUGGACAACCUCCAGGCUCUGAAUUCCUUCACUGUGGAGCUGCGGGCAGCACAGCAGGACCUGGAGCCAGCAGUCCGGGAGCACCGGGAACGCCUCCGCACCCUGCUGCAGAAGCCGGAGUGCCAGGGGGACUGUGAGGGGGUCCUGAUUCGGGCCCAAGCCCUGGAGCUGGGUGCUGAUUUCAACCAGGUACCCUCAGUGGACAGUGUCCUCCAUCGGCUGAAAGGUGUCCCAGAGGCCAACUUCUCUAGGAUGGUUGAGGAGGAGAAUAGCACCUUCAAUGCCCUCCCAACCCUGGCUACCAUAGAGACAGCCAACAUGAUCACAGAGCUGAAGAAGGCAGUGGCUCAGCAGCCUAAAGGGCUGAGGACACUGGUUGAAGCCUUCCCGGGCUCAGAGGCAACUUCCCGGUGGAGCCAGACACUGGAGGAGCUGGAGCAGAACAGCCGCCCCUACCUGCAGGAGGUGCAGAGAUAUGAGACAUACAGGUGGAUUGUGGGCUGCGUGCUGUGCUCCAUAGUUCUUCUUGUGGUGGUCUGUAACCUGCUGGGUCUCAACCUGGGCAUCUGGGGGCUAUCUGCCAGGGAAGACCCCAGCCACUCAGAAGCCAAGGGCGAGGCUGGAGCUCGCUUCCUCAUGGCAGGCGUGGGCUUCAGCUUCCUCUUUGCUGCCCCACUCAUCCUCCUUGUCUUUGCCACCUUUCUGGUGGGUGGCAACAUGCAGACGCUGGUGUGCCAGAGCUGGGAGAGUGGAGAACUCUAUGAGUUUGCAGAUGCCCCAGGGAACUUGCCCCCAUCAAUGAAUCUGUCCUACCUUCUUGGUCUGAAGAAAAACAUCAGCAUCCACCUGGCCUACCAGCAGUGCAAGGAAGGGGCUGCGCUCUGGAGAGUCCUGCAGCUCAAUGACUCCUAUGACCUGGAGAAGCACCUGGAUAUCAGCCACUACUCCCAAAAGCUGCAGCAGAAGAUGCAGAACCUUAAAGUGGACAUGGACAACUUGGAUCUGCUGAGCCCAGCUGCCCACCGGGACCUGGAGGCUCUGCACAACAGCGGGAUUGAGAGGAUCCGCUACUCCGAUUUUCUGGUCCAGGUCCAGAAGCCAGUGGUGAAGACCAACAUGGAGGAGCUGGCUCAGGACCUGGAAGGGCUGGCCCAAGUGAGCAGGGACAACCCUGUGCUGAAGCAGCAGCUGCAAGAGGAGGCCUUCAAGCUCAGAAGCCUCUACCAAGAGAAGGUCGCCCCCCAGCAGAGCCUGGUGGCAAAGCUCAAACCCAGAGUCCUGGCCUUGGAGUCCUCUGCCCCAACUCUUCAGCUGGAGAUCGUAGAAGUCCUAGGCAAUAUCUCUUACCUAAAAGGAGAGCUGCCUGCCUGGGCCACCCGGAUCCUGAGGAAUGUGAGUGAGUGUUUCCUGACCCGGGAGAUGGGCUACUUCUCCCAGUAUGUGGCCUGGGUGAGAGAGGAGGUCACUCAGCACAUCGCCACCUGCCAGCCCCUCUCUGCAGCCUUAAAUAAUGGCCGGGUGAUCCUGUGUGACAUGUUGGCUGACCCCUGGAAUGCUUUCUGGUUCUGCUUGGCAUGGUGCACCUUCUUCCUGAUCCCCAGCAUCAUCUUUGCUGUCAAGACCGCCAAAUACUUUCGUCCCAUCCGGAAACGCCUCAGCUCCACCACCUCUGAGGAGACACAGCUCUUCCACAUCCCCCGGGUCACCUCCCUGAAGCUGUAG